GGGCGGGUCUUGUGAGUAUCAGUUUGGCCGCUUCCUCUCGGUCCUUCACUCCGAGUACAGCUGCUUCAAGGGAAGGGCCACAGCAGGAGGGGGAACACGGAGGUCUUUGGCAUUUGAAAGCACACUGUGGGAAAGAUGGCUGCUAUCAGGAAGAAGCUGGUGAUAGUUGGGGAUGGUGCGUGUGGGAAGACCUGUCUGCUCAUCGUCUUCAGUAAGGACCAGUUCCCAGAGGUCUACGUCCCCACUGUGUUUGAGAACUACAUCGCUGACAUUGAAGUGGAUGGCAAACAGGUGGAGUUAGCGUUGUGGGAUACAGCAGGUCAGGAGGACUAUGACAGACUGAGGCCUCUCUCCUACCCCGACACAGACGUCAUCCUCAUGUGCUUCUCCAUAGAUAGCCCUGACAGUUUAGAGAACAUUCCCGAGAAAUGGACGCCUGAAGUGAAACACUUUUGUCCCAACGUCCCGAUCAUUCUCGUGGGUAACAAGAAGGACCUCAGGAAUGAUGAACACACUCGCAGGGAGCUGGCCAAGAUGAAACAGGAGCCGGUUAAGUCUGAGGAGGGCAGAGACAUGGCCAACCGCAUCAGUGCCUUUGGCUACCUGGAGUGCUCUGCCAAGACCAAGGACGGCGUGCGGGAGGUGUUUGAGAUGGCAACCAGAGCAGCGCUGCAGGUCCGCAAGCGUAAGAAGAGGGGCGGCUGCCAGCUACUGUGAGGGGACGGAGUUUGUUGGCCAAUCAGCAGCUGAAGGAGGACUCCCCCCUUUACACACAGCGCAAACUUAGAGAAACCUUAAAUCAAUGGCUUCCGUGGACUAUACUUACUUCACAGAUGCAGAUUUGCCACAGGAGAAUAUGAAAGACUGACACACCUGUUUAAAAGCAAAACAAAUCCAUUUAAAAAAACAAAAAAACCCUCUGCUACUCGCACACUGUCAGCUUUGUUCCUGUUUGUUUGCUGUUUUGUUUUCCUCCACCAGCCUGUUUGUGUGAAGGACCUGCCCCUUCCUCUUCUAUGAAUGUAUGUUUGUAUUUAUAUGUGCAUAUACUUUACAAAUAUAUCAUGCGUCUGUGUUAUGAUUGUUUACAGAGAAGGGUCUUGUAGCUCACAUGCCCACUGACUGUGUUGCUUCAACGGUUUGAGAUUUCCUUUUCAUUAGUAUGGAACCUCUGCUUCUCUUGAACCCGCGUCUCCUUCAGUCACAAUCUAUUUGUCACACCACUUUUCAUUUUACACCCUUAAAGUCCUAUUUCACCAAGUGCUGAGUCAGCAGAGCUCUGUUUUCCCCCCCAUCUUUCUCUUCUGACAUAAAGGACUAAAUUUAGAGUGUGGUCACUGCAUUAAUACACUGAAACCUACAUAAACUGAAGCAGCAGUGGUUAUUUGUGUGGAGAGGUUUUGGACUGCACCUUUUCUCUCUCUCUUCCACAGCGAUAGCUUGAACUGGCACUGGAGACAGUGGUCUAUUGUAACGGACACAAUACACUCAGUCAUGCUCACACUGGCACUGACAAACUUGCCUCUACCAAGACGUCACCAAUGCCUUCCCCCAAACAAGCCUCCUGUUUGAACUCCGUACUGUUGAUUCAGAUCCAGUAUAUAGUUAUUAGACAUCACCGUGUACUGGAUUUUCUGAGGAAAAGUGCACACUGUAAUCUACAGGUUGGAUAAUAUAUAUAUAUUGAUAUUCAGACAGAAUAUAGGCCCAUUCUGUUUAUAAACGUAAUAAAAUCUUCAACUGACAACUUGACUGACGGAUCAGACAUUAUCAGUGUGCCAUCUCCUCAGUUUGACUCACCAGAUCAGUAGCUCUCUUGACUAUUUUAAAUCGGGGUUUCGUUUGUGUCUACCAGGACUUUAUUUGACACCACUCAAAAUAUUCCUUAAAAUGUGAUUGGAAAAAUGAUCAAAAGUUUUCCCUUUAGUAGCCCUUAAAGGUCGUUGAAAUGGGGCCAACUGAUUAACAGAGGGUGUGUAUGCCUGGGAAUGAGGGUGUGUAUGCUUGGGAAUAAGGGGGUGUUUGGGUAACGGUAAAAAAAAUGUCUUUACAUUCAUGUGUCAUAAAGGUGCUGUUCUCAGGAAAUUAAUAAAAAAUCUGCAACAAAAUUGGAAUGGAAAGCCAACUUUGCAACCACAAUUUACACUUUUUUCCAGACGUGUAUUCUCAU